CUCUAUUUAACAGAAAUGUUUACUUUUUUAGACAAAACAUUAUCAUCAGAAUUUAAAAUAAUAUUUCAAAGUUUCAUGUUAAGCGAACAAGACUUCAAUGAAUUUUUCCAAAUUAAUGAUAUAAAUAAAAACGACACUGUCAAAAAAGAAGAAGCAUAUGACAUUUUUUUUAAUAACGAAUUGCUUUGUAUGUUACUUAAAGAAGACAUUAAUGAGAUAUUUACAAAAUAUACAAAAAAUGAAAAUCAAUUUAAAUACAAAAGUUAUGCAAUUAUGACAGAUUUUCUAAAAUUGUCUAAUUCAAAAAAAGACAAAAAUUAUAUUGAGUCCGCCUUAAAAAAUUCGAAUGACAGUAUUUCUAAAGAAGAAGCAGGUAGAAUUUUUUUCAAAAGUCCAUUGUUUAGAAAUCGCAUUAACAACAUAAUCACAAAGUAUACAAAUGAUCAAAAUCAAUGUAAUUACAAAGAAAUGAUAGCAGGAUUUGGCGAUGAUUAUAAAGGAUAUAAAUCUUUUGUUUUGACUUAUAAUCAGAAUACACAAAAAUGGGAAAAAAAAAUAACAAAGUAACAUCUAUUCUUAGUUUAUAAAAAUAUAGUAACACUCCAUUAAAAUAAUUUUUUUCAUAUUUAUUUUUUCAUAAAUAUUUAUAUUGAUUUACAUUAAUGUAUGUUUGAUGUAAUGUUUAGUGAAAAUAUGUAUCAUAUAAUAAAAAUGUAUCACUUGUGUUUAAUAUUAAUUAAAAUUAAAAAUAAAUUUAAAACUGUAAUAUUAAAAAUAUUUCAAUAAAUGGCCUUUCAAAAU